CCAUGGCUUUCCAAACCCGCAGUGUAGUGGAGAAAGUACUAGCGCAGGACCAUCAUGGCAAAUCAAACAGCAGUUUGUGCCAUUUUUCUCAUUGUCUGCGCGUUAUCUGGAUCAUGCCUGGCAAGCAGAAAACUCUUAGUUUUUCUAAUAGAUGGCUUUCGUUAUGAUUAUAUAAACGACAAUGAGUUGCCCUCCCUGCCUGGUUUCAAGGGAAUUGCAGACAGUGGUGUUAAAGCGGAUUACAUGACCCCUGAAUUUCCAAGCCUUUCGUAUCCUAAUUAUUAUUCUCUCAUGACAGGUCGAAACUGUGAAGUCCACCAGAUGAUAGGAAACUAUAUGUGGGAUGAGAAAACAAAAAAGUCUUUUGAUAUCGGAACCAAUAACGACAGUCUCUUGCCGAUGUGGUGGGAUGGAUCAGAGCCAUUAUGGGUCACUAUGCAGAAAAGGAGAAAAAAAGUGAACAUGUAUUACUGGCCCGGCUGUGAAGUGGAAAUUCUAGGAGUUAGACCAGAUUACUGUCGGCUUUAUUACUACUAUCCGUCAGAUGCAGACUUCAGAGUUGCUGUUGAUGACGCUGUGGAAUCUUUGCGCAAUGGCAGUGCAGACAUGGCAGCUGUUUACUAUGAGAGAAACGAUGUGGAGGGUCAUCACCAUGGCCCCUUGUCAGCGCAGAGGAAGGAGGCCACAAAAAAAUUGGACGAGGUGCUGAAGGACAUGAAUCAGAAAAUCAAGGCGAAAAAUCUACAGAAUGACCUCAACGUUAUCCUGUUUUCAGACCAUGGCAUGACAGAGCUUCAGUGGAUGGAGAAAGUGAUUGAACUUCAGACCUAUAUAAACCUGACAGAUCUUGUGAAAAUGAUGGACAGGGGCCCAGUAGUCAAUCUGUGGCCAAAAAAAGGCAAAUUGGAUGAAGUUUACAAUAAGCUAAAAGUGGUAAAAAGCAUGACUGUGUAUAAGAAAGAAGAAAUCCCAGAUCGCUUCCAUUACAAGAAGGGGAGGUUUGUGUCCCCUUUGACCCUUGUAGCAGAACCAGGAUGGUUCAUUACUGAGAGUAAAACAAAGCUGCCUUACUGGGAAAAUGCCACUGGGAUAAGGGAGGGCUGGCAAAACGGCUGGCAUGGCUAUGACAAUGAAUUCACUGAUAUGAGAGGAUUCUUCAUGGCAUAUGGGCCAGAUUUCAAAAAGGCCUAUAGAGCUGCUCCAAUCAGAGCGGUCGAUGUUUACAAUGUCAUGUGUAAUGUCGCAGGGAUAAAGCCGCUGCCAAACAAUGGCUCCUGGUCCAGAGUGGAAUGCAUGCUGAGCAGUAGUGCCAACUUGGCACAGCCCUUUGCACUAAGCAGCUGUAUGCUGGCUGUCCUCCUGAGACUGCUAGCAUAACACCCAUAUCAGCAUAGCGCCCUUACCUCACUCCUUUAAUAACGGAAGCAACAUUUUAUUCAAUGUGUUUUUUUAUAACUUAAUUUUGUAUUAUUAUUCAUUUUACAGAUACCUUAACAUCUCCCCCCUCCCUUUUUAAAGUAAUAUUUGUAAACUGCAUUUAGUUUCUUUUCAUAUAAGUUCUUACCAGCAUAGCUAGAAUUAAAAGAGGGGCGAAAAAUGAAUGCGGUUGCAAAAAAUAUAUAUCUUUUUUUUGUAGUUAUUUUUGCUGCUGCAGAAGUUGCACUUCAAAAAUUAUAUUUUAAUAGACUGCAGUUUUUAAUUUAGGAAAAAAAAAACUCUAUAAAUAAUAAACAUUUA